CCACGUGACUCAGGUCCUCCUCAUUUUAAAAAGAGCUGCUACUCUGCAAUUCCCCCCAGAGCUUCAAAAGAGGUGCCAGAUGAGCAGAUUUUAGCACCUUUUGCACCUUCUGUGUCAGAGGGAGAACUAGUGGAGAGAGCACCGACACAGAGAAGUGACUGCUGCUGCUGCUGGACAGACUCACUCACAUUUUCUUCUCUGAUAAGUUGCAUCCUGCAAAGUAGUAGCCUGUCUUUUGAUCUGCUGGCUGAGGAUGGUACUGGACCAUUGGAGCGCAUUUGGCGCCUCCGUUUUACUGGCUUGUGUGAUAAUCUGCAGUAACGUGCCAUGUCCUGCCGGUGCCAUGUAUCUGUACAACAACCGCUACGCAGGUGAUCAAGUCUUCAGGAUAACCCCGAGUAAUGAUGAGGAGGUCGGAGCACUCAAGAAAAUUCUGGGACACGUGAAGGUGGACUUCUGGCAGCCCAACAGUGCGACUCUAAUCUGUCAAAACGCCACCGUGGAUGUCCAUGUAAAACGCAAUGACACGCUGGGUUUACAUGCACGCUUAAAGCGGGAACGUAUUGAUUAUCGGGUGUUUAUCUCCAAUCUGCAGAAGGAAAUUGAAAAGCAGACGGGAUAUCGCUCCUCUCGCAAGCGGAGGUCAGAGUCUCAGUACGACUACGAGGUUUACCACUCUCUGGAAGAGAUCCAGAGCUGGAUGUUUGAGAUGAACAGAACCCAAUCCAACCUGGUUGACAUGUUCUCCAUCGGGAAGUCGUACGAGGGAAGGCCGCUUUAUGUGCUUCAGAUAGGAAAGAGAAGUCGUCAUCAGAAGAAAUCUGUGUGGAUCGACUGUGGCGUCCACGCCAGGGAGUGGAUAGGACCUGCUUUCUGCCAGUGGUUUGUCAAAGAGGCCAUCAACUCAUACCAGCAUGACUCUGCGAUGAGACGACUGCUCAACCAGCUCAACUUCUACAUCAUGCCCGUCUUCAACGUGGAUGGAUAUCAUUUCAGCUGGACCAAAGAUCGGUUCUGGAGGAAAACAAGGUCCAAAAAUCACAAGUUCCACUGCAGAGGAGUGGACGCUAACAGAAACUGGAAAGUGAAAUGGUGUGAGGAAGGCGCCUCCUCUCAUCCCUGCGACGACACCUACUGCGGUCCCUUCCCCGAGUCUGAACCCGAAGUCAAGGCCGUCGCCAAGUUCUUGCGCAAACACAAGAAGCGCGUCAAAGCGUAUAUAUCCAUCCACGCCUACGCCCAAAUGCUGCUUUACCCCUACUCCUACAAGUACGCCACUAUCCCCAACUUCAACUGCGUGGAGUCAGCCGCUCAUAAUGCAGUGACAGCCCUGUACUCUGCCUAUGGAGUGAGGUAUAGAUACGGCCCUGCCUCCACAACCCUGUAUGUGAGCUCAGGCAGCUCUAUAGACUGGGCUUACAGGAAUGGGAUCCCGUACGCGUUCGCCUUUGAGUUGAGGGACACGGGAUAUUACGGCUUCCUGCUGCCCGAGUCCCUGAUCAGCCCGACCUGCACGGAGACUAUGAGGGCAGUGAAAGCCAUUGCAUCAGGUCUGCUGAAGAAGUGUGAAACAGACAGGGGCAGAUUUCCAUAUAUAUGAGGUCCCCGGAGCUCCACCUUCACAGUUACUUAUCUCCACACCUCAUAUUCCUCUGAGAUUUCAUAUUCCUCCCAGAUUACUAUCAGGUGAAGAAGAGCUGAGAAAGGACCAGCAAAGCAGGAAUUCUAAUUUGCUUUUCUUGUGUUUGACGUUGUUCGCCUUAUUUUCCUUUUCUGCUGAGAUAUGAACUGAUGGAGGCGUUUUUGUUUUUUUUGUGCCAAUAACUAUGAAUCCUAUGAAUGACCAGCCUGUUUACACACAAUAAGAUCCCACAUACAUUGUCAGAGAGCAGUGGGAUGUAGCAUGUAAUCCUCUCCUCCUUCCUCAAAUUCUAUAUUGCUCUCCUCUUACAGAAAUAUGAAUAAUGCAGACUUUUGCAUGAUAUAAGCUGAAUGGUGGUUAUGUGAGCACUUGUCACGAUACAACAGCACUUUUUUUUUUUUUUAAAGAAACAGCUAAUGUCUUCCGAAAAUGUAUUUCACAUGAACUGUUUUUAAUAAUCGUUAUUUUUUAUUCUGGUUUUAUUUUGAAAUUAGUCCUACCAAGUGCCAGUACCUUAAUGUUAAUGUAUUAAUGCCUUUAUUACUGCAACAUUGUUGGUGUACAUAAAUGAUGCUAUCACCUGACAAUCUUGGGUUUAAAUUGAGAUGUCUUUUGUUAGUUUUUUUCAUUUGGUUCAGGCUGAAAUUUGGAUUGAAUGACCUGUCAUAUCAUCAGCUUACUGUGUCAUUACUCAGGUAUGGAUCAAUGACAAAAGUCAGAAAUGUUUACUUUUGACAGCUUAUGUGCUUAAUAUGAGAUUUUAAUAAAUAUCUGACAGGAAUAAAUGUUGUUAUAUAACACAGUAAAUGUUCAUGCUGUCACAUUAAUCUUCAUGCUAUUCAUUUCAAAACAGCCAAAUGUCACAGUUGUACGCCAUAUUUGUGUUUUGUACAUGUUUUGUACACAUGUUGGUAAGGAUGGUUGAUAAUAUUCAUUAUUUUAGUUGCAUGAAUUUCAAUAUAAUAAACUCACUGACCUUUGAUAGCUCAGUUAAGCACAA